AUGAGGCAACAGAAUCGUUCCAAUGAGUGUAAUCAUCGUGAUAAGCAAAUUAGAAGUAAUGAACAAGAUCGCGGUGUGAUUGUAAAUCAGAUGUUCUUUGCUGAUCAAAACUCAGAUACUAAUAGUACAACUGCUAUCGUAAUGGCAACGAAGAGUGGAAAAACAAAAAUGAGGAGAGUUUUACAAGAUGAUGAUGCAGAGAGUCAGAAUGCUGGGGAACUAGCAAAGAGAAUACCUGAUGAACAAGAUUUUACUGUUGUUUCUCAUAUGGACACUGAUUGUGAAACUAUAUCAAUAAAGCGAAGACAGGUUCAAUUGCAGAGUUGUCAAUACCUUUUGAUUCAUGGUGCAUCAUGUUUGAUUAAUUUCAUGGUGCAUCAUGUUUGA